CCGCCUGUCCCCACUCUGCCUGCGCUGUCAAUGGCUUUCGGGACGUAUUACAUUUGAAUGUCUGGGCGAUAUAAGUGACCAAUAAUGGAUAUUCUAUGGAUAUUAUGGACCAUACCGGUCGUAAUAGCUGUUGAAGAGAUGCUUAUGGACUCCACUACAGCCACGGCGGAGCUGGGCUGGACGGUCAACCCCGUGUCAGGGUCGAGCGAGAACAGCUGGGAGGAGGUGAGCGGCUACGACGAGAACAUGAACACCAUCCGGACGUACCAGGUUUGCAACGUUUUCGACAACAAUCAGAACAACUGGGUACGGACCAAGUUCAUCCGGCGCCGCGGCGCCCAGCGGAUCCACGUGGAGAUGAAGUUCUCGGUGAGGGACUGCAGUAGCAUCCCCAAAGUGCCGGGCUCCUGCAAAGAGACGUUCAACCUCUACUACUACGAGUCGGACUCCGACGCGGCCACCAGAACCUCCCCGGCGUGGAUGGAGAACCCCUGGAUCAAAGUGGACACCAUCGCGGCGGACGAGAGCUUCUCCCAGGUGGACCUCGGCGGCCGCGUGAUGAAGAUCAACACCGAGGUCCGGAGCUUCGGCCCCGUGUCGCGAAACGGCUUCUACCUGGCCUUCCAGGACUACGGCGGCUGCAUGUCGCUGAUCGCCGUGCGCGUCUUCUACCGCAAGUGCCCGCGCAUCGUCACCAACGGCGCCGCCUUCCAGGAGACGCUCUCGGGGGCGGAGAGCACCUCCCUGGUGGCGGCGAGGGGCGUCUGCAUCCCCAACGCCGAGGAGGUGGACGUGCCCAUCAAGCUGUACUGCAACGGAGACGGCGAGUGGAUGGUGCCCAUCGGGCGCUGCAUGUGCAAGGCGGGCAACGAGGCGGUGGAGAACGGGACCGUCUGCCGAGCCUGCCCGUCGGGCUUCUUCAAGCCGACCCAGAAGGACGAGCCGUGCAUGCAGUGCCCCAUCAACAGCCGCACCACCAACGAAGGCGCCAUGAACUGCGUCUGCCGCAACGGGUUCUACCGCACGGACACGGACCCGCUCCAGAUGCCGUGCACCACCGUGCCGUCGGCGCCGCAGACCGUCAUCUCCAGCGUGAACGAGACCUCCGUGAUGCUGGAGUGGUCGCGCCCCCGGGACUCGGGGGGCCGCGAGGACGUCGUCUUCAACAUCAUCUGCAAGAGCUGCGGCGGCGGCCGCGGCGGCUGCACGCGCUGCGGCGACAACGUGCAGUUCCUGCCCCGUCAGCUGGGCCUGACGGAGCCCCGCGUCUACAUCAGCGACCUGCUGGCCCACACGCAGUACACCUUCGAGGUGCAGGCCGUCAACGGCGUGUCGGACCAGAGCCCCUACUCCCCCCAGUACGCCUCCGUCAACAUCACCACCAACCAGGCUGCCCCGUCCACGGUGUCCAUCAUGCACCAGGUCAGCCGCACGGUGGACAGCAUCACGCUGUCCUGGUCCCAGCCGGACCAGCCCAACGGGGUCAUCCUGGACUACGAGCUGCAGUACUACGAGAAGGACCAAUCGGAGUACAACGCCACCGCCGUCAGGAGCCAGACCAACACGGUGGUCAUCCGCGGCCUCAAGCCGGGCAGCAUCUACGUGUUCCAGGUCCGGGCGCGCACCGUGGCCGGCUUCGGACGCUACAGCGGCAAACUGUACUUCCAGACCAUGACGGAGGAGGAAUACAACACCAGUAUUCAGGAGAAGCUGCCGCUCAUCAUCGGCUCGGCGGCCGCGGGCCUGGUCUUCCUCCUCGCCGUGGUCGUCAUCGUCAUCGUGUGCAACCGGAGGCGUGGCUUCGACCGGGCUGAUUCAGAGUACACCGACAAGCUGCAGCACUACACCAGCGGCCACAUGACUCCAGGAAUGAAGAUUUAUAUCGAUCCGUUCACGUACGAGGACCCCAACGAGGCCGUGAGGGACUUCGCCAAGGAGAUCGAUAUCUCCUGCGUGAAGAUCGAACAGGUCAUCGGUGCAGGAGAGUUCGGGGAGGUGUGCAGCGGCAACCUGAAGCUGCCCGGCAAAAGGGAGAUGUUCGUGGCCAUAAAAACCCUGAAGUCCGGCUACACCGACAAGCAGAGGCGGGACUUCCUCAGCGAGGCCAGCAUCAUGGGCCAGUUCGACCAUCCCAACAUCAUCCACCUGGAGGGCGUGGUCACCAAGAGCAGCCCCGUCAUGAUCAUCACCGAGUUCAUGGAGAACGGCUCGCUGGACUCCUUCCUCAGACAGAACGACGGUCAGUUCACGGUCAUCCAGCUGGUGGGCAUGCUGCGCGGCAUCGCCUCGGGGAUGAAGUACCUCUCCGACAUGAACUACGUGCACCGGGACCUCGCCGCCCGCAACAUCCUGGUCAACAGCAACCUGGUCAGCAAGGUGUCCGACUUCGGCCUGUCGCGCUUCCUGGAGGACGACACGUCGGACCCCACCUACACCAGCGCCCUGGGAGGGAAGAUCCCGAUCCGCUGGACGGCGCCCGAGGCCAUCCAGUACAGGAAGUUCACCUCGGCCAGCGACGUGUGGAGCUACGGCAUCGUGAUGUGGGAGGUGAUGUCGUACGGGGAGCGGCCGUACUGGGACAUGACCAAUCAGGACGUCAUCACCGCCAUCGAGCAGGACUACCGGCUGCCCCCCCCCAUGGACUGCCCCAGCGUGCUGCACCAGCUCAUGCUGGACUGCUGGCAGAAGGAGCGCAACAACCGGCCCAAGUUCAGCCAGAUCGUCAACAACCUGGACAAGAUGAUCCGCAACCCCAACACGCUGAAGGCCACGACCCCGCUGUCCUCCGGUGUCCACCUCCCUCUCCUGGACCGCAGCAUCCCAGACUUCUCCAGCUUCAGCACCGUGGACGAGUGGCUGGACGCCAUCAAGAUGGGCCAAUACAAAGACAACUUCUCCGGCGCCGACUACUCCACGUUUGACGUGGUGUCCCAGAUGACCAUGGAGGACAUCCUCAGGGUCGGCGUGACGCUAGCGGGCCAUCAGAAGAAGAUCCUCAACAGCGUGCAGAUGAUGCGGGCGCAGAUGAACCGGAUCCAGUCGGUGGAGGUCUGACCCCCCCCCCCCCCGGGCGGAGCAGAGGAGGAGGAGGAGGAGAGGGGGGGGGGGCUGCGGAGGAUGGGGUGGGAGUGGGUGUUUUUCCCCCCCUUGCGUUACAGUGUAUCUGGUCUUCCCGCCAGACUUCCGGUCCCCCCCCGUCCUCUCGUCCCCUCGCCGUGGAAUAUUUUUUUCAGGAGGAGGGGGGGAGGGGGGGUCCUUCUGAUAACUUUGUAAAGAAUUUUUUUAAAGGAAAAAAGAAAAGAGAAAAAAACUGAGGAAAAGGCGAGGAGUGUAUCUACAUUUAUAGAUAUAAGCUGAUACACUUAGACGAACCGGUAGGAGCGCUACCCUUUAAAUGGGCAACAACAACAACAACAAUAGAGAACACCCGACGCCGCCGCCCUCCGCUCCUCCAGCUGUGGAUAUCGUCUCUGCAUCUUUGACAUUUUUUUGGGACAUCGGGAGGAGAAGACGCUCUCGGGCCUUCUGAUUGGCCGGCCGUAGAGCGCAGUGACCCCCCCCCCCCGGGAGGAAACACACGAAAUGGACAUUUGACAUGGACUGAUGUCAACAAACACGUUCAGACGAAUCUCAGAGGAAUCAAACACUCAAGAAAAAGAGAAAGAAAAAAGCUUUUUGUGUUUGUGUUCUCCUCGCUCCGUGUAAACGCCGCGGAGCAGAACUCGUCUCCCGGCGUUCCUCUCGCCGUCCACGCCGUUUGCUUUUCUUCAUUUUGUAUUCCUUCUUCUUCCACAGUGAAGUAUUCACAGCCUGCCAAAUAUAACUCCUCCCCCUUUUUCUGCACCGCCCGAUCAUCGGCCCGGUGCUGAAGAGCCGACGGGGGGGUUCAGAUCCACUUCUGUCUUUUCUUUUGUGGAAAAAAAUGUAUAAUAGCUUGCAGAAAAAAGGGAGAAUAAACAACAACAAACAAACAACAUCCUACACAAAAAGAAACAGGUUCUACUGUUUACAUCAGAGUCCACACACACACACACACACACAGCACCUCCCGUUACAGCAUCCUCCUUCACCUCCGACGACUUCGGUGCACACGUGUCGCACACACACACACACACACACGCGGUGUGUUUGAUGGCAUGCUGAGUGAGUGGUUCAUUUCAGCGCUCUGAUCUGCUGCAGCGUUUCUGUCGGGGAGAACAACAUGGCCGCUCUCUAACCCCAGUUUCUUCUUCCUCCUCCUCUUCUUCUUCCUCCUCCUCUUCUUCUUCUUUUCUGCCGGAGACAUUUUAACGUAUUCAAGUUUUGAUACCACACCUGCGUUCAUGAACUUUACAAUCAGGCGUUUGUUGAAUUGGAAAAAGAAAAUGCACCGUGUUAUAUUUUUGCAGUUUCUAUAUGGAUAUUAUUGAGUUGUUAUUAUGACUUUUAAAGGUUUUCAUUUUCUUUUUUUUUCGUUGUUUUUUUUCCUGCACCGAGUCUUUUGCCCGACUCCAACAAACACUCUGGAUCUUCCGUCGACGCUUCGACAUUUAUCCCGAAACACGAGUCGCGUCGGUGCGCUCCUCGUCUCAUUGGACGGACGGUGCGACUCGCGUCCCGCCUCCCGCCCCGCCUCCCGCCGUACGUCCCGCCUCCCCCUGUGACGUCACAGCCGCCGGUCACCGUUCACGGUGGUCAUCCGUAACCGUGGAGGGUAACGGGUGAUGCCGGAAGGGUGAAAGAUGGAGUUCGCUGCAACGCCGCGAUUCCCCGGGGACAGUGAAGCAGCCGUGGGUUUGUUGAACGAUGUCAGCGGCGUGGCGGUCUUCCUCUCUUUCCGUCGCUCCAGACCUCACAGCUCAUCGGUUUCCCUCCGUGAGGAAGAGGCUGCUCGUCUUCUCGUCUUCUCGUCUCCGACACUCCUUAAAGGAAGGAGCCCAAAGUACGCGCCAGGCGGAGCGCCAUCCGGACGCUCGUCCACGGACUUUUCGAGUUAUGAAUCACGCGAUUAUCCUCGAACUUUGCUUCAAGAAACUACUUUAAAAACGGGGGCGGGGCUUAUCGCUAGACGUACAAAAUAAAUCGCGCUGAAGUCGUCUUUACGUUGCGUAUUACUGUCAGUAUUUGUUCUUGCCGCGUUCGGUUUGAAGGGUGAGCGUGUGGUUUCGCUUUGAAGAAGAACCUUUUGAUUGAAUGUGGAGUGUUUGAAAAGCUGCAGUGAAUAUUUAUGUAUCUUAUGGUUUUGACGGCUCCGAAAAAACAAAGAAAAAAAGAGACAUCGUUUCAGUCGGCGGGAGCGGGAGAAGUGACCGGAAGUAAUCUGAAAAAUAAAGCCCCGACGUCCAAUUUAUACACCGUUUAAAAUGUAUAGAUUUAAAGAUUAUUAAAAUUUGGUGCGGUUCAUAUGGAGGGCAUAUUUCGAUAAAAAUAAAUUGUCCUUGAUAUGUUGAUGUUUCUUUUAUCUCCUCCAUGAAAUCAGGAUGAAUGUUGGAUUAAAGUUAAAUUAUUGUCCAUGACUGUCCAUCCCAGUAAGGAGCUGAACAUGGGACCACUGGGAGUCUCUGGUGUCCUUCGUGUUACACUCACUCAUAGUUUAUUUUCUCCCGCUCACUUUCCAGAAACACUACGUAUUAUUUAAUGAGUUUUAUUGUACUUUUUUUUUUAAGCACCAAAAAUCUGCUGCCUCCAGCUCCUCUAGGAUAAAUAAAAAAUAUCGUUUUUUGGAGUUUUUCCUCUGGAAACUGGAGGAGACGCCGCGAGGGUCUCACACGGCGUCCGAUACGCUGUCCCCUCUCCUCUCACAUUACAGGUUAAAAACCACUCCCCCCCUGACCGUGGGUGGAGCCGGUGGGACAGAAAAUGGCUCCCUUUUCUUUUUCUUUUUCUUUAAAUGGCUGCAGCACAAAGUGCCAGAGCGCCCUCUGCUGCCGCGGGGGCCCGGACGCCGCUCGCCGGGUUGAUACCACAGAGAGAGAGAGAGAGCGAGAGAGAGAGAGAGUCUGAAUGCUGCAGCAGGUCCAGCGGGCCGCUGAUGGACGACCGCUGGCUGCUGCUCAGGACAAGUCCACCCGUCCCUCUUGUUGGAUACCCCCCCCCCCCCCCACCCAAAACAUGACCCUGUGUUCCCCUCUGUUGCCCCCCCCCACUACCACUCUGGCUGUUGGCCCUCCUGGAGCCCCUGUCGUACCCCGGUUCAGACCACUGUGAGAGGUGGGACAUCCUGUAUCUCUGUAUAAAUGUAUAUUGACUGUAACCCUGUGAAUGAUGUAACAAUUUCAUUAUUUGUAAUAUUGCCAUUGGUUUAUUUUCUAAAAAUGGAAAGCCCAACUUGACUCUCCUCAAUAAAUAAAUAAAAAACAGAUCUGUUAUUAAACAGCGA